UCCUCCGAGGGCAAGGCACGAAGAGACUCGGCGGCUGGAAAUGAGAAGGCAUGAGCUGCGCAAUCCCUGCUAUUUCUGCUGCUGCGAAUACGUAAUGAGAUGGAUUAGCAGAAUACAGUAUCCAGACUUGAUUGUGCAGACAGAUACUAGGCUGGAAGAUGACGACGGUGGUCAGAAACUCCAGACCUCAGCAGCGAGUACCAGGGAUGAUAUAAAGACCCCCUUCCGGUCGCUCUGAAGAGAAGUCCACGAGAAGCAUAUCUUCCUCAAACCAAAUUUGUCAAGAAUAUACACAAUCUUCUCUACCAAGGUCUUUUAUCACAACCUCUACCCCCGUUCUAAACAUGGCCGAACGAGCAGAAGCCCAAUGGGUGCACAUCCGCGUCGUCAACUCCCUGUCCUUCGACACCCUAAGUGUCAGAAACACCUGGCUGGGCUGGGGCAAAUUCCACAAAGAAAACAACAAGAGCGCCGAAAUCCCCGUCUCCGACAUCAACGCUCUCCGGGCAGCUCCUGGCGGGUCCUUCAACGUCUUCGCGUGCGGCAGAGCACAUUCGCCCUCUGGCACAGAGGGAAGCUUCGACGUGUUCAAUGGAGAUGUCCGCGUCGCUUACAUCUACUGGGACUGUCCUUGGGGCUCGAAGCGCAACCAGUUCCGUGUUGACAGGAUUGCUGAUGAUUACUGGGUGGAGACGGGUUACUGGAAUCAGUCGGGCGGUGCUAUUGGUAGUGUUACGGUGGAAAUUGGGAGGAGGGAUCGGGCGAUUCGGUCGAGUCUUUAGAUAGGGUGGCUUCUGUGCUUCUUGUCCUGCUAUUGCAGGAGUGUUUGGUUCGUUGAUUAUGUGUGUGUUGUAGGUGAUAGACGGGUGAUGAGAAGAACUGUUGUGAUUGAGUCGUGAUUAGCUCCUUGCGAUUCAAUACAAGAGAAGACUAAAUCAUGAUUCUCAUACCAUUGCAACUGAUGGCUUAUGGUAGACAGCAUGAGUAAAGAGGUAAAAACUUAUAGAAUUAGUAGGAUCGACAUCAUCGCCCCCUCAUCGGG